CAUUUAUCGUCACCGAAAUCCGCCUGUCUUGUCCGAGCUCCAAAACAACUGACAACAAAGGACAACCUGUGUCACGACGCUUGGAGACCUUCUGGUAUAUAUAAAUUUCCAUAAACGCAGUCAUCGAAGCUUCGUCUCAAUUGUACUAUCAUGGUUCGUCUGAGCCAUCUCCUUGCCUCGUCACUGGCGGUGCUUGGCGCUAGUGCCGCCUCAGCUGUUGUCGACCUUAUCCCGGACAAUUUCGACAGUGUCGUUUUGAAGUCUGGCAAACCAGCGCUCGUCGAGUUCUUCGCACCAUGGUGCGGACAUUGCAAGAACCUUGCUCCUACCUAUGAGAAGCUCGCCGAAGCCUUCACUUUUGCUGAGGACAAGGUGACUAUCGCCAAGGUCGACGCCGAUGCCCAUCGGUCCCUUGGACAGCGAUUUGGUGUUCAGGGCUUCCCUACCCUGAAAUGGUUUGAUGGCAAGAGCGACAAGCCUAUUGAAUACAACAGUGGCAGAGAUUUUGAGAGCUUGGAGCAGUUCAUUACGGACAAGACUGGUCUCAAGGCCAAGGUUAAGAAGGAGUUGCCUAGCAAUGUCCAAAUGCUCAACGAUCAGUCCUUCAAACAGGAAGUUGGCAAGGACAAGGACGUUCUCGUGGCUUUCACCGCGCCGUGGUGUGGACACUGCAAGAGCCUUGCGCCCAUUUGGGAGACCCUCGCCAACGACUUCCAGUCCGAGCCCACCGUUUUGGUUGCCAAGGUCGACGCCGAAGCUGAGAACGCAAAGGCUCUGGCCCAAGAGCAGCUAAUCGCUUCUUACCCUACCAUCAAAUUCUUCCCCAAGGGCUCCACUGAAGCGCUGCCCUACAACGGGGAUCGUUCAGAGAAAGACUUCGUUGAUUUCCUCAACGAACAGGCGGGCACUCACCGUACUGUUGGUGGCGGAUUGGACAUCAAGGCUGGCACGAUUGACGCGCUGGACGCUGUUGUUGCCAAAUUCACUGGUGGAGAGACCCUUGCUGCCGUCUCCGAGGAAGCUCAGAAGGUCGCCAAAGACCUCAAGGAUACAUACGCCGCGUACUACGUCCGCGUGUUUAAUAAGAUUGGAGCUAGCGAGGAUUACGCACAGAAGGAAUUGAAGCGGCUGCAGGGUCUCCUAAAGAAGGGCGGCCUUGCACCCGCCAAGGUUGAUGACCUUGUUUCCCGAUCCAACAUUCUCCGGAAAUUCACUGCCACUGAGCAGGGCAAGGACGAAUUGUAAAUGGGUCGGUCAUGUAAAUUUUCAAUGCAGAUCAAAAAGGAACAUAAAAGUAGAUCUAGUUUGAAUAUUUGAUCUUGAAAGAGAGACCACAUGAGGAAUUUCCUCUUUCCUCAAUGCUUUAUGCUCUAGUCGUCUCAACCCUUGUUCAUGAUGCCAAUGAAAUAAAAUCGUCCCAAACGCCAAUUUAUAUAUGCAUAUGUCCAAGAAGCUUGCAAUCAUC